CACAGCAUUUUCUGCGUUACAUCUCAAAUACCUUCGAAAAUACAUCAGAAAGAUGCAUUAUCAUGGUGGAUAUUAUAUGUUGUCUGGGAGGAGCAUGGGAGACCCACUGGAGAGGGUGGCGAAACUGGCAUCGGAGAGCGCCGUGGUUAUAUUCAGUAUCAGCAGCUGCUGCAUGUGCCAUGCGGUGAAGAGGCUGUUCUGCGGGAUGGGGGUGAGCCCGACAGUGUACGAGCUGGACCAGCACCCGGUGGGGAAGGAGAUUGAGAGGGCGUUGAUGAGGCUGAUGGGAAGUUCGCAGGCAGUUCCCGUGGUGUUUGUUGGAGGGAAGCUGAUUGGUUCCAUGGACCGUGUCAUGGGGUCCCAUAUUAAUGGCACCCUCGUGCCUCUUCUCAAAGAAGCCGGAGCUCUCUGGCUGUGAUUUUGAUGGAAUAUUCCGAUGAUCGGAUCGUAUCUCUCUGAAAAUUGCCUUUCACAAUCUCUCUUAUUUCUCUAUCCAAUAUCUCUAUUACGUAAUUUUUGUAGUUUUAGUGUUAUGGGUUCAGUUUAAUAUAUUUCCUUGGAAAAU